GGGUGAGCGAGGGGCUGAGAAUCGAUGGACCACCACAUGACAGGGCACAACAAGGAGAAGCGUUAUGAGUGCGACGUGUGUGGCAAGGCCUGGCAGAGCCCAAGCCAGCUGGAGAUCCACCGGCGGGUUCACACGGGAGAACGCCCCUUCACCUGCUCCGACUGCAGCAAAAGGUUCAAGUCGUCCAAGGACCUGAAGGUGCACAGGCGGGUGCAUACCGGGGAGCGGCCCUACACCUGCAGCCACUGUGGCAAGGGCUUCACCCUCUCCAGCAACAUGCUGAGGCACCAGCGCACCCACACUGACGAGCGCCCCUUCACCUGCGCCCAGUGCGGCAAGGGCUUCACUUGCUCCAGCCACCUGCUGAGGCACCAGCGCACCCACACCGGCGAGCGCCCCUACAUCUGCGCCCAGUGCGGCAAAUGCUUUACUCGCUCCUGCCACCUGCUGUUGCAUCAGCGCACCCACACCGGGGAGCGGCCCUACAUCUGCGCCCAGUGCGGCAAGGGCUUCACCCUCUCCAGCAACUUGCUGAGGCACCAGAGCAUCCACACCGGCAAGCACCUCUUCAUCUGCGCCCACUGCGGCAAGGGCUUCACCUUCUACAGCAACCUGCUGAGGCACCAGUACAUCCACACUGGCAAGCGCCCCUUCAUCUGCGCCCAGUGCGGCAAGGGCUUCACUCGCUCCACCUAUCUGCUGUCCCACCAGCAGGUGCACGCCGGCGACCGUCCGGUCCCCAGCCCUGUGUGUGAAGAGCGCUUUGCCACGGCCUCCCACGCUCUGUCUCACCAGCACAUGCACACCAGUGGCCAGCCCUACAACUGCCCGUACUGCGGGGAGGCAUUCGACAGCUCGCGUGAGUUGCAGCAGCACCAGCAGAAUCACGAAGGCGAGCGACUCCUCCCAUUGCGGCAAGCGUUUCAAGAGUGCACGGAGGCUGCGGGGGAACCAGCGGAUACACACCGGAUAGAGACCCUUAGUGUGUGCUGAGUGUGGCAAGGCUAUCGCAGCACCGACGUACCCACAGCGGUGAGAGUCCCUUCCCCUGCCCGUCCUGUGAUAAGGGCUUCACCCACCUUGACCACCUGCUGGAGCACCGGCAAGUCCACACCAGCCAGAACCCCUUCACCUGCCCGCUCUGUGGCAAGGCCUUUGCCCGCUCCUCCAGCCUGCUGGCACAUUGCGACGUGGGUAGAUCGGUGCUGUUUAGGUAGACACAAAAUGUUGGAUGGAAUGGGUAACGUUUCGGGUCGAGACACUCUUCAGUCUCGACACCCAUUCCUUCUCACCAGAGUUGCAAGUUGGGCUGAUGGGGCUGUUUCUGUGCUGGGUGACUAGUGUAGUUGGCCGGUGUGGGCAAGUUGGGCUGAAGGGCCUGUUUCUGUGACUUGUGUAGAUGGGGCAUGUUGGGCGGAGUGGGCAAGUUGGGCUGAAGGGCCUGUUUCCGUGCUGGGUGACUGUGACUCAUUCAGUUCUGUUCAGUUUCGUAAAUGGGAGGUCAGAACCGCUCUAGUUGGUGAGAGGAUGGUUCAGUUGCCUGAUAACAGCUGGGAAGAAACUCCACACUGCACUUCUGCAUAUCUGUCUCUCUCUCCCUCUCUCCCUCUCUCUCUCUCUCUCUGUCUCUCCCUCUCUCCCCCUCUCUCUUACCCCUCUCUCCCCCUCUCUCUCUGUCUCUGUCUCUUUCCCCUCUCUCUCUCUCUGUCUCUCUCUCUCUCUCUCCUCCCUCUCUCUCCCCCUCUCUCCUCCCUCUCUUUCCCCCUCUCUCCUCCCUCUCUUUCCCCCCCUCUCUCUCUCCCCCUCUCUCUCUCUCUCUCUCUUUCUCUCUCUCUCUGCAGUUGCAAAGAUUCACACAAAAUCUCUCUCACCCUCUAACCUGUACUGACCACAUCCUGUCCCUGCUCACAUCGAGUUGUUUCUCUGUCUCUGUGUAUCUCUCUCAACCUCUCUCUCUCUCCCUCCCCUGCCUCUCUCUCCCUCCCUCUCUCCCCACUCCCUCCAUCUUUCUCUGCCAUAUCCCUCCCUCUCUCUCCUCCCUCUUUUUCCCUCUCUCUUCCCUCUCUCUCCCCUCCCCUCUCUCCCUCCCCCUCAACUGCUCACAAUAUCCAAAUGCGGCCUGACCAGCGCCUUAUAGAGCCUCAGGAUUACAUCCCUGUGUUUGUAUACAAGCCCUCUUGAUAUACAGUGGCUUGCAAAAGUAUUCAUACCCCUUGAACUUUUCCACAUUUUGUAAAUGUAUUUUAUUGGGAUUUUAUGUGAUAGACCAACACACAGUGGCGCAUAAUUGUGAAGUGGAAGGAAAAUAAUACAUGGUUUUCACAUUUUUUUACAAAUAAAAAUCUGAAAAGU